AUGGUCGUAACACGCAGGACUCCACUGGUCCCUGCACCUGCAUCAAGAACGGCUUCCUCACAAGCCCUUCCCAGGUCAGGAGCCUCACAUGUCGAACCAGAUACUAUAAACCUCCCUCCAUCAAGUCCUAUCUCGCAGCAACGAGCAGCGCUAGCUGGAGCCAAUAAUGGGCUCCAAUUCCCAGGACAUGACUUUAAUGAUUCAUCAAAUAAGAAAUCCAAAAAGAAGGAUAAAUCUAAGAAAGCUGCAAAGAAGUCUCGCAAAAGCAACUUUCAGGCAUUCUUAGACUUCCUCAUAAAACUAAUAACGCUCUCUCUUACCAUCUACACUCUCGCUGUUUGUCCUCAAGACACAGAUCUGCAGUCGCCUGUCUGUCGCGGUUUACAUCUAUACAGGCGUCUGGUCUUGGAACCAUACGUUCUUCCUCCCAUACAGGCCGCUUUUGCCCACCCCUCCAUUGCUCCGUAUGUCGACCGUGCAACGCCUUACGUCCACCAAGCGGUCAGCGUCACAACGCCCAUCCUACUACGCACGCAAUCCGAGUGGAAUGCUCGCGUAGUUCCUCAGUGGAAAAAACGCGUUAUACCACAAUGGAAUAAACACGUUUUACCUCAAUUGGAGAAAUAUGUAGUGCCAAGGAUUGAAGCCUUACAGACUCAAAUCGACCCUUACCGUGCUCGCGUUCAACAAACCUAUGAGCAGCGCGUUGUGCCUCACGCCAGGCUUGCCGCGUACAACAUUCAGCGAUGGACACAUAAGGCUCAGCCUUACGUUGUUCUCGCCGUUUCGAAAACCCACGCCGGUUAUCAGGCAGCUAGACCUUACGCCAUCCCCCUUGGUCGCCAGAUUGGUUCAGCUGUCCAGCAGUUCCUGUUGUUUUUGCAGGAGCAGCGUCAGAAAUUCGUUGACCCUCACGUAGCAAAGAUAUGGGAGAAGGUCAAGGAGCUCAGCAACAGGAAACCGGAAUCAUCUUUUCCUUCAAAGACUGAUUCAUCGCCUCCUUCCCUGGUAUCAGAGGAUGUCACAUCUAUCGCCGAAUCCACACACUUUUCAGCGGCACCUACCGAAGUGCCUAGCCCAUCCACAUCAUCUGACAGCCCCAACGAGACCGUAGUUAGUUCUAAGGAUGCUGAUAACGUUUAUGAAGCUAUUCAUCCCACAGAAGCCGCAGAACCCACGAUCUUUUCCGCAGAUCUCCCCACUUCUACACUUUCUUCGGAAGCGGAAGCGACUUCCCCCCCAUUUUCUGAGUCGGUUCAAUCUGCAUCGGUGGUCCCUCCAGCUAUCUCUUCUCUCUCUGGGGACCUUAGCUCAUCUAUUGCUUCUGCUUCCUCGCUGCUUGAGCCGUCGGGCGGAGUACCUAUUUCCAUCGAAAUUCUGGAGAGCGCAUCAUCUGUGAUAUCCGAGUCUCUCCACCCAACCCCAUCCUCUAUCCCUACUGCGGCUUCUUCCGUUGUGCCAACCCACGGUGCUCAGCCCAUUCUGACGGGUUCUGGUCGUAGUGAUGACGACGACAUUGACCUGGAUGCUUUCUAUGCGGAACUUGGCCUUGAAGAGCCUGAUUUCCAAGAAUCUUCCGAGCCGGGCCAGCGCCCCUCACUCCAAGCCCGCACGCAGUGGGAACAGAUUGCAUCUGAGAUCAAGUCUGGUAAAGUACAGCUAGUGGACCGCUUUGCAAGUAUCAGGAAAGAGGCUGCCGCGGAACUGAAAUCAUCUCAAGAAAUCAGAACAUCGGUGGACGGACUUGUAGCAGAUGCGGAGAAGUAUCUUCGAGGUGCAGAGGUGUACCUCAAGAAUCUGAACUCAGAAGGUAGAAAGCGCGAGGAGAAGGUGGCCCUUUGGGAACGCGUAGUUGAUAAGGUAGACAUCAAGUUUGGCGAGAGGUUGAAGGAGACCGAGGGCGUCGUGAACGGGUGGUAUGGUGCUAUUCUUGACUCAGAGACACAACAGGUGGAACAAGUUGCUGCAAUUGUCAAGGAUAUAGCUGAGAGGGGACAAGUUGAUCUGGGUCUAGAUUACGCGUGGCUCGACGAUGUGACAUACGGCGAUUGGCAGCGUUACCAUGCCUUGAUCGAGACUAGUGACAGGUUUAAACAAGAAGCUCUUUCUAUUCAAAAUGGGAGAGAUCUUUCUGCACCAGCCGACCCGGUGAUUCCCAUCUUGGAAGAUCUUGAGUCCGAAGUCCACGACGUUGUCAUCGGCUUUGAAACACGGCUGAGGCGGAUUAAGCGUGAUGGAGAACGCGCCUUCAGCAAUUACCAAAAGGAAGAAGAGAAGGCCCCUGUUAGCGAGCCCGAGGCGCCUUGGGCACCCAUUCUUCCCAUUCCAGCCGCCGCAGAGGAGUACAUCCCCCCUGUUAUCGGCCGCAAUAAGGAAGAAGUACUAGAAGCGCUAGGUAAAGUCGAGACUCCGGAAGAUACGGAGUUGCGGAUCACGUCUGAUGAUUUGGAAAUGGAACCAGAGGAAGUUGUUGAGGUCGAAGAUCAUUCACAGCCUGAUGCGACCAAAUAUCGCACGGAACUCUGAGUUGAGGUGGUAUAAAGUAUAGGGUCUAUGAUUAUGCAUUUGUUUUGUUUGGCUAUUAUUUUUCUUGCAAUGAUACACUAUGAUAAGCACCAUGCUAUUAU